AGAGGCUCAGUAUAAAAGCGUCCACCUUCAGAUACUUUAACUUUAGUGUAUUUCGAGUUGUUGAAUAGAUAAAGAUUUGUGAAUUAUGGCAAAGGUUCCAAAAGUGAAGUUGAAUAAUGGACUGGAGAUGCCAGCUUUCGGUUUGGGAACGUUCAUGUCCAAACCGAAUGAAGUUGCAGAAGCAGUUAAAUAUGCUAUCGACAGAGGCUACCGUCAUUUUGACACUGCAUUCGCUUAUGAAAAUGAAAGUGAAGUGGGCAGGGCAAUAAGGGAGAAAAUUUCAGAAGGAGUUGUUAAGCGUGAGGACAUUUUUGUAACAACAAAGCUCUGGUGCAUCCAUCAUGAACCCUCUAGAGUCGAAGCUGCCUGUCGAAAGUCAUUAGAAAAUCUAGGACUAGAUUAUGUCGAUUUAUAUUUGAUACAUUUCCCUGUUGGGUUCGUUUAUAUUGAUGAGAAGACGCUGAUCCCUUGCAAAGAAGGAACCUCCUCCAUUUUGACAAAUGAUGUUGACUAUCUGGACACGUGGAAAGCCAUGGAGUCGCUUGUCAAAGCUGGGUUGGUACGAAGUAUUGGAUUGUCGAAUUUCAAUGCCGCCCAAACGGAGCGAGUGUUGAAAAAUUGCGAAAUAAAACCAGUCACUAAUCAGGUCCAAUGUAGCAUUGAACAAAAUCAAAAGAAGCUAAUCGAGUUUAGUAGAAAACGUGAUAUAAUCAUCACUGCCUAUAGCCCACUAGGCCGACCUAAUCCCAGUGAAAGGAAACCGUCUUUUUUCUACGAGAAUCCUACGAAGGCUAUUGCUGAGAAACAUAAGAAAACUCCAGCACAAAUUGCUCUGCGUUAUGUGCUUCAACUUGGCACAGUGCCAAUCCCGAAAUCUGUGACCAAGGCAAGGAUUGAUGAAAAUAUUGAGAUUUUCGAUUUUGAACUUUCUUCAGAUGAGAUGAAAUUAUUGGAUGCAUUACAUACUGGAGAACGUGUUGGGGCUAUUUUGAAGAUGAUUGAUAAUGACCACCCCUACUAUCCAUUCAAAGCUGAAUUUUAAGUUCGGCGUUAUAUGAAUUUGUUUUGUUUGAAGUUUUU